CUUGUUUUUGUAUUAAGCAGAGUGUAUCUGUUAUAUUCCCAAGGUAUUAUCAUUGAUUCCCAAUUAAUCUUUAUUUAGGAAUCAGCAAAUUCAAGCAAGAUACUUUAAAAUGGCUGUUUCCUUACCGGAUGCUCUUAUGUUUGCUGCUAUAGACUUUGGCACUACCUUUUCUGGGUAUGCGUUUGCCAUGAGAGACGAGUUAGAAAAGGACUCAUCGAAAAUAUUUGCUCCUCACUGGCAUGCUUCGGAUGGAAGCUUGAUUUCACACAAGACACCAACCACUGUACUAUUGGACAAGGAUGAGAAAUUGGUUGAUUUCGGUUUCGAUGCUGAAACCACUUACGCAGAACUGUCAGAAAACGGCGAACAUGAGGACCAUUUCUACUUCCGCCGAUUUAAGAUGAUGCUCUACGACCAAGUUAGAACAAAAAAAUUAACGGUAAAUACAACGGUUGCUGAUAUACGGGGACGAAAAUUGCAAGCUGUGAAAGUUUUUGCCCAUGCUAUACGAUAUCUGAAGGAUCAUCUGCUGGAUUCUCUAAAAACUAAGGGGAAAAUUGUGAAGAAUGAUGACAUCCUAUGGGUUUUAACUGUUCCAGCAAUUUGGGAUGACACGGCAAAAGUGUUCAUGCGAAAAGCAGCACAAGAGGCAGGUAUACCUGGCCAUCAGCUGAUGAUUGCAUUAGAACCAGAGGCGGCCUCUAUCUACUGCAAACAUCUUCCCGUAGAGAAACUGGAGGGAACCAACACAUUCAGCGCCUUCCAGCCAGGGAGCAAGUACCUGGUACUGGACGCUGGGGGUGGAACAGUGGAUAUAACCGUACACGAAGUCAAACCAAAUGGACACCUGAAGGAACUAGACCGAGCGAGUGGCGGCGACUGGGGUGGAACCAGUGUGGAUAUGGCCUUCAAGAGCGCUCUGGCGGAGAUAGUGACGGAGGGAAUGAUUGAAGGCUACUGUCAGAAGUACACUGGGGACUACAUCGAACUGUUCAGGGAUUUUGAAAUCAAGAAACGCAAAUGUGGAAAAGGUGACAACUCGAAUUCAGUUAUCACAUUGAAAGUUCCCGUCUCCUUUACUGAGGGAUGCUCGGAAACCUUAGACGCGGACUUAACCACUCUGACUAACAAAUCGAGAUUCAGAGAUCAUAUCAUCUGGAAAGCAGACAAAGUUAGAAUAGAUUUGCCGACGUUUGAAACCUUUUUUAAGCCAGCUUGCGAUGGAAUUGUCAGACAUGUCAAGGAUUUGUUACAGUCACCCAAAGUCAAAUGUGUCAAUAAGAUCCUAAUGGUGGGCGGGUUUUCUGAGUCCGACAUUUUACAGGAAGUGGUUCGGAAGGCGUUUCCGAAUUGCCAGAUCAUAGUUCCACAAGAAGCUGGUCUGGCCGUUCUUCGUGGAGCCGUUUUGUUUGGUUAUAAUCCGAAGGCCAUAGAUUCCCGCAUUGCUAAAUACACCUACGGCGUUAAGAUGAAUGUUGAAUUCGACCAAAAAAUACACAAAGCAUCCAAAAAGGAAGCUAUAGAUGGAGUUGAAUACUGUACCGACAUAUUCGAUCGACAUGUGAAGAAAGGUGAAGAACUUAUAGUCGACGAAGCCCAGGCCGAGAAAUCUUACGUUCCAUUAACCCGUCAACAAAAGGUUAUAUCAUUCAGUAUUUAUACGUCGACUGAAGAUGACCCGUUUUAUGUGGAGGGUUGCGAAAAUAUUGGAAAAUUUGUAGUUAGCGUUCCUGUUGGUGUGGAAGAUCGCUCCGUUAAUGUCAGGAUGAUAUUUGGUAGAACUGAGCUCACGGCCGAGGCAAGGGUAGUGAAAACAGGGGAGAUAACCCCCGCGCCGUUCGAACUCCCGGUAGAAGAAAAGAUUUAACCCAAGCGGUCUAUAAAACCUUUUGGAAAAUUUUCAGCCAGUUAUCACCAACAAAAAAAAACACUGAAGAUUUUUUUCAUACAUAAACGUCAUUAGAAUAAUACUUUUUUAUACCAACACGUAUAUUUAAUCGAUACCUCUUUUGUCUGAUCAUUAUUUCUGUACAUGUAACAAAAAAGUAUUUAUAUCAGUAUUUUUGUUAAACCUAUGAUGCCAUAAUGAUUUAUAAUACUCUGGCAUUCCAAACAGUAACUAAAACUAAAAUACAAAAAAACUCCCAAAAAACCCCCCAAAAAACCCCAAACAGAAACAGAUGCUGUUAUGAUUUCGUACUGUCUAGUUGAAAAUUGUACCAAAGGAUGUACCAAAAGAUGUACCAAAGGACGAUAUAAGGUUAUCAGUAAACAAGUAGUUUAAUUAAAUUGUAUAAAUAUUAUUUCAAUUCAAAUAUUAGUAAUUAUAUCCGUUCAAGCUUGUACCAGAAUUUUAGGACAAAGAAUUUUCACAUUCUUUCAGAAACGUGAGCUUUAACUACAAUACAACUUACAAGUUUGUUAUUUUGUUACAGAUUGGAAUAAGAUUCAGUUUAACAUUUUGAAAUAACAUUAAGUGGUAAAACUGUUUAAAACAGUGAAUGUUCGUACUUAUUUUUGUCUUCCGGCAAUAAUCUAGGGUGUAAUAGGCCUACAUUGUCGUGGCCAUAUACAUGUAUAAUCAAAAUACAAUGAAACAUCUUAGAUUAGAGGGAAAUUUUAUUCGUUUUAAAAAAAAUAUUGAAAAUUUAUCUUUUAAGCAAGGCUUAUCCAGACUAUUCUUAAGUAUUUACGCAUUUUAAACUUUAUUUUAUUGAGUACAGAGACAGCAUCUUCGCUAGCCAAGGGUUUUCGGUCCACGUUGCUCCCCCAUGGAGAGCAAAGGGGGGGAGUAAUGUGGACCGAAAACCCUUGGCUAGCGAAUAUGAGAGACAGCACAGCAUUGAUUUUUACAUGUAAACAAAUACAUGUAUUAGUGUUAUAUAUGUAUGUAGUUUUUAAAUUAGUGUGUUUUGGUAUAUUAUUUAUGUUCAUAACUAUUAUGCCAAUAACUUUUAUAUGUACAGCGCUGUAGAGUAAUUUAAUAUAAAUUAUAUAUGGCGCUUUAUAAAUUUUGUAUAAUAAUAAUAGUAAUAGUAAUAAUAAUAAUGUAUAGAUUAUACUAAUCUCAAUGAGAUGAAAAGCUCUGUAUUAAGAAAUCGGUAAACUCUAAUUUCAACAUACUUUAUAGCUAAAAUCAAAUUAAAUCAUAUUUAAAAUUUUGAAGUAGAUCUAUGGGUCUACGGGUCUAUGGGUCUAGAUCUAUGUUGAGCAUCCUGAGACUUUUUAAUUUUUGCGAUUAAACGCAAUGAUUUUGCGAUUAAAUGCAAUGAUUUUGCGAUUAAGUACAAUGAUUUUUGCGUUAAAUUGCAAUUAAUUCAUUUGCUUAUAUAUACACCUAGUAUACGUACCAAGUCCGUGAUUUGAUGACACAAUUUGACACAUCACAAAGACUCAAUUUCUGGUUUUCACUUGGAUUAUCUGAUAAUGAAAGUUGUCAUAACUUGAAAGCACCAGGCACUUCUAAGCAAACGUAUCCUGAAAAGAAGGAUUGCGCUAUAAAUAAAUACAAGAGAAAAAAUUAGUCUUUACUUAUAUUUGUUUCCAAAUUCUUCCUAAAAGAUGACAUGCAAAAAUGCUAUUGAUGGAUGCACCAGUGAUGUUUGCUUGCCGGAUACUUGGUAUCUAGACUGUGAGAAACAAUUGAAUUGAAAAAACGGAAAUGACUCCUUCGCUUAGAGCAUUAUGCUAAGGGGCCUUUUUAAUGAAGACAUGUCGAUUCG